AGGAGCACACAGCGCUCAGAGCCCAAAACACAGAAGAAAGCUGCGGAUAGUAAGAAAAGGGUGAGUACUGGGAUAGGAGCUACAAUGGAAGGACAAGUGAGAAGUAAAUACCCUGCUGGUGGUGGGCACAGAGACUCAGAUACAGAGGACAUGACAGAUAGGUCUAACACAGAGGACUUGAUCUCAGAACCUACCAAGGAGGACUUCGUACUUCUGGAGAAGGAUGAAUCGUGGAUAUCGUCUGAUGUGAGCAGCGCGAUUGCUGAUAGCAGGGACAAAGAGAAGGAAAAGACACAGUCUUCUGUAAAAAUAAUAGUGGAGGAGGAUACGACUUCUGCCGCUGGUGUGGAUAUAUCUCAAGACCUUCCAAUGUCGCCUACUGACCCACAGAGGAACGUUUAUUCUGCUGUGGAUGAUCACAGGCUCAGUGAGGACAGACUUCGGAGAGCUUCAGGAAAGAAACACCAGGAAUCACCUUUGGGCAACGAAACAAACAAAACACAGAAUUUGCCACAAGUAACACGGGAUGAGGAUACAAGCAGCACUGUAAACACUUCUUGUGUUAUUUCCAGUAAAGGCAGCAGUGGUUGCGAGGCACAAAACCAACGUUCACAAACAGACUGUUCGGAAAGAGCAGAUCCACAUUUGGCUGAACCGGCAGGCAUCGGGUGUCCCCCAAAGAAGGCUGAACGAACUGAAGCUGUCAAAGCUAUUUCAGAGAAGGAGUCCAGAAUUACUGCAGUUUGUGAUCUCAAAACAGGCAUUCAAGGCAAAGAACCAGCCCUCUUGAGUAUUGAAUCAACUCAUGCCAAUUCCAAGUCAAAUGAUAUAAAUAAUAAAUUCCCUGAUGAUAAAGACUGCACUCGUGAUGAUUUGGUCUUAUUGAAUAUAGAAGAAGAACGUGAUGAGAAAACAGAGGCAUUAUUCGCGCUCAACACAAAAACGAAGCCAGACAAACGCUGGGAAAAGACAGAUCCCGUUAAGAGGGGUUCACAAACUGAUAAAGAGCAGAAGGCCACAGCCACAGUCCCAGAUGAGCAUCCACAGGUAAAAGACACACAGAGAAGGGAAGUAAAAAGAGACUGUGUCACAGACAACAGAAUUGGGCCAUGUGAGUCAAAUCAGUGUGAACCUGAAGUACACAUGUCAUCUUCAACAGGUGUCCCAGGAUAUCUAAAACCACCACAUCUUCCUCAGCCUCCACCAAGGCCAAAGGCCAAAGGUACAGACAUAUGUGGGAAAUCUAUUCAUUCACAAAUAGGUGUAAAAAAGUUUGAUAAUGUAGAGAGCAAUGAUGGUAGUGUCUCCUUGCAACAGCAAACAACAACUUAUACUGGAAAAGCAAAAGCAGUAUCCUCUUCCACUGACACAUGCACCUCCAUCACCAAGCAUCGACAUUUAGGUGAUGAGCAGUCUCAGAGAAAGUCUGCCUCGUCCUCAUGCUCAUUAGAACAAUGCAAUGUGAUUCCCUCCCCUCCUCUGUCUGUGCCAACUCUAGAGGAUAGUGAUGGGCAGAGCCAGACUGUUCCCAUGCAGAGGGAGAGAGAGCCUGUCUGUUACACUCAUGUCAUCACCCCACCACCCAUCACUCACCUUCUGCCUGAGAGGGAGAUGAAGAACGCAGUGCCAACACAACAUAACAACAGUAUGGAUUUCACCCAGCCAGAGGACAGAACGACAGGUGCCUCUAUAGAUCCUUCUGUUCCAGGGGAGAGGCCUAAACCGAAGGGGCCUCCUCCACCUGUCCCAAAAAAGCCCCAAAAUCCCUUCGUUAAGAUUCCAGCAACAACACGCUCUAUGGAUGAACAGAAAAGAGGUGAUGAUUAUCACCACAAAGAGGAGAAGAAGAAGAAGAGGAGGAGACAUCCACAUCAAGUCUGCAAAGGAAAUGCUUGCGACACAGCUUCUCGGGACAUGUGUGUGUUAUGGGACGACACAGGUUCUGCUUACACUGUACCAUCCAACGUGUACACGCCAGAUAAUUUUGAUUCAAUGGAUGAUUUUCCACAACGACAAAGGGCACCAACUAGAGAGGAAAAGUAUAGAAAUAUCAUCGAUUUUGAUGCUUGGGCAAGAAUGGUCAAACUUGCUGCGGAAGAGGAGAAACCAAAACAACUUGACAUGUUGGACGGACGACCUUUUUUGGAAAAGCAGGCUAAACUCAAAGGCCCACCUCCUCCAGUACCCAAAAAGCCCAAAAAGCCAUUUGUUCCAUUAGAAACGGUUCCAAUCUCAGAGGACAUAGCUUGGCCUUCAGAUGACGAGGAGAUACGAGAACUAGAGCUGGCCUUGUGUGAGAGAAUGGAAGAUGAAGACGAUGACCCUGAACCCCAACCUGACACGGUCAGCACAGAUGUCCGUUGGAAGAACCUCAGUGACCACAGUGACCGUAGAAUCCAUAGUGGUCUUGGUGAGCGUAGUGAUCGUGAGUCUGUGGCUGAGCUUGAAACUGAGACAUACAGGCCUGUGGCUGAGCUCAUAAAGGAGACCAACCAGAUGCACCAGAGGAUCAGGCAUGCAGACCGGACAGAACUCCUCACGGCCAAGUCCGUGAUAAGGCACGCAGACCGGACAGAACCCCUCACGGCCAAGUCCAUGAUCAGGCACGCAGACCGGACGGAACCCCUCACGGCCAAGUCCAUGAUCAGGCACGCAGACCGGACAGAACCCCUCACGGCCAAGUCCAUGAUCAGGCACGCAGACCGGACGGAACCCCUCACGGCCAAGUCCAUUGACAGGGCUGUGGACCUGGGCCAGAGCCUGAAAGUAUCACAGAUGAAGAAGGCCUUCGAUGUCACUAAGAAGCCAACUGAAAAACCACCAGAGACAAAGCCUGAACCCAAAAAAGAUAUGUUCAGGCGAGUGGUACGAGCAAGUAAGUUCCGUCAUGUCUUUGGCCAGGCACUGAAGAACGACCAGUGCUAUGACGACAUCCGCGUCUCCCGGGUCACGUGGGACAGCUCCUUCUGUGCCGUCAACCCCAAAUUCGUCGCCAUCAUCAUCGAGGCCAGUGGGGGCGGAGCCUUCCUUGUCCUCCCUCUGCUAAAGACAGGUCGCAUAGACAAGGCCUACCCAACAGUAUGUGGUCAUACAGGUCCUGUCCUGGACAUAGACUGGUGCCCUCACAAUGACCACGUCAUCGCCAGCGGCUCAGAGGACUGCACAGUCAUGGUGUGGCAGAUCCCAGAGAAUGGGCUGGUCACCCCGCUGGCUGAGCCUGUGGUGGUGUUGGAGGGACACUCCAAGAGGGUGGGCAUCGUCACCUGGCACCCCACGGCCCGGAACGUCCUCAUGAGUGCAGGCUGUGACAACCUGAUCAUCAUCUGGAACGUGGGGACGGGCGAGGCCAUGAUCCAGCUGGAAGACAUGCACCCUGACGUCAUCUUCAGCGCCUGCUGGAGCCGCAAUGGAGCCCUCAUCUGCACCGCCUGCAAGGACAAGAAUAUCCGUGUCAUUGACCCCCGCAAGGAGAAGAUCGUGGCUGAGAAGGACAAGGCCCACGAUGGAGCACGGCCCAUGAGAGCCAUCUUUCUGGCUGACGGAAACAUCUUCACCACCGGCUUCAGCCGCAUGAGCGAACGGCAGCUAGCCCUCUGGAACCCUAAAAGCAUGGAGGAGCCAAUAUCAGUCCACGAGCUGGACACCAGUAAUGGAGUGUUGUUGCCCUUCUACGACGCAGACACCAACGUAGUGUACCUUUGUGGGAAGGGUGACAGUAGUAUCCGGUACUUUGAGAUCACGGACGAGGCUCCAUUCGUGCACUACCUCAACACCUUCUCCAGCAAGGAGCCCCAGAGAGGUGUGGGCUACAUGCCCAAACGAGGACUGGACGUCAACAAGUGCGAGAUUGCCAGGUUUUAUAAACUGCAUGAGAGAAAGUGUGAGCCAAUCAUCAUGACAGUCCCCCGAAAGUCAGACCUGUUCCAGGAUGACCUGUACCCGGACACAGCAGGACCAGACUGUGCCAUCGAGGCGGAGGACUGGUUUGAUGGGAAGAACGGCGAGCCCAUCCUGAUCUCCCUGAAAAACGGCUAUGUCCCCGGCAAGAACCGCGACCUCAAGGUGGUCAAGAAGUCCAAUGUCCUGGAGGGCAAGCCAGCCAAGAAAGCAGCAAAUACCUCGCCUGCCCAGAGCAAGGCCUCUCCACAUCCAUCUAUACAAAAUGAAGGGAAACUGGAGGAGCUACUGCAAGAGGUCAAGUCGCUCAGGGACCUCGUCACCCUACAGGACCGUCGAAUUGCCAAACUGGAGGACCAGAUGUCCAAGGUCGCCAUCUAAGACUCAGCCCCCCGCUCAGGACCAUUCAUUGAUUGGGAGAUAAAGUGAACAGGGCCAGUUACUGCCAAAAUAUGAGAAUUCGGCUUCAUCAUUCCGCUUGGCAUCUUCCCAGCGACGAUCCCCAAGCACACAUUCCAAGAUGAACUUUGUUUUUUUAUCAUCAUGUGUACCCUUCACACUUUCCUCUAAAAUACUUAGAGAAAAAACUGUUGCAAUUCAUAGUCUACCUUUUUACUGGGGAUGAAAUGCAUUUAAAUAACUGCCAUUGUUUUGGUUGACGGAAAAGUCUUACCAUUUUGUUAUUGUUUUAAGUUGUGGUCAAGAAUAUUCUGAUGUGAAGUUUGUACUUACUGCGAUACUCUCAACCAUAGUAUGUAGCCACCAGUAUUGCCAUAUUCCCUUGAUUUUUGUGCUGCCAAAUUUUAAUGGUGUGUGUGGGUGGUUGUCAUUUAUUUUGUAUUUUCUCCUGUUUUGCAUUCCAGUUACAGACUAUAGGGUAAUAUAAUGAUUUAGUCAAAGAGAAGGAUUAUCUUCGAACCAACGUAAUCUGUUACACUGUUGCAAAAGGAAGAGAAAGAAAUCAGAGUUUUUCCACCACGCCAGCUGCUCGUAUUAAGCAUCAGGUCACUGAAUGUGAAGGAAGUCCUCCUGACGAUACUGUUAGCUCUUCUGGGUGUAGAUUUUAACAGUGGGGGUAUCGGGAGGCAGUGGCGUAAACUGCAGCUCUCGCUGGUGUAAAUGUAGUGGUGCCUCUGUCACGCUGUGGAUGGUAUUAUGGGUCAAUCUGAUGUCCCCCUCUCUGGUGCAUUUUGUGGCAUUGGAAAGGGACCACUCUCUCAGCAUUUCUUUCACUCGACCAUCUAGUUUAUAUAGUUCGGUGCAUGCAAUAAAGAUUUUACACAUGGAAAUGUCUUCUCCACAAUAAAUCCCUUAAAUUCUUUCUUUGCA